UUUCAGAAAUGGAAUCCACUCAAAAAGACAUCAAGCUAGAACCCGACGAAUUUAACUACAUAAUUGCUCCAGGAGCACCAGAAUCUGAAAAUUUAGCUGAAAAUCCUGAAAACCCCGUAGAUUUAUCGGAAAUUCCGUUGGAAACGAAGCCGGCGUGGUUUCCGUCGUCAAAAGGCCGGUCUAUUGUGUGGGAGCACAUUACGUGGGUGGCUGAAAGCCAACGAGCCGCCUGUAAUUAUUGUGCUGCUGAAUUUCAAGUUAAAGGUGGAACAUCAGCACUAUUACGUCAUUUGAAAACAAUACACCCGGCCGCCAUCAAUUUUGACCCCGAAAAUCCGCCACCAGUAGCCCGGCGGAAACGGAAGAAGAUGGAAGAUUAUACAAUAGUGACAGAAGACACCAAAUCGUAUAUGGAUAACCUUCUGGAACAGUUUUUAAAUGUCGAUGAUUCUGCGCCACGUGGUGGCUUACCGGAUCACGAUUCUCCACAACACAUGUUAGUUGUUGACCCGCAAAGCCGUGCAGAUUCGGAAAUCGACGCAGUAAUAAGGAAUUUGCAACAGUUCCAGGAAACCGAACAAAACGGGCUCUUGGAGCCAGAACCCGACCAGGCGCUCAAAAAACUACUCGGAAUUGAUGAUGGGCGGUGUGAAGAGGUUAUAGCGAUCGCCGCGCCAAUUCAGCAGGAUGAGGAGAAACAAGUGAGCUCAAGCUCUGGCGGAGCACAAACCAAGAAGCGAAGAGCCGAUGAGCAGAAAUUGACUGAAAAUCCAGCAUUAAACAGUGGAAAAUUCUCCCUAUCGAUUCUCUCUGCAAUUCGUCGGCCACCUCUUCCAUCGAGCACUGCCACGUCAUCAUCAGCCGCGGCGCCCCAGAUCCCGGCGAUGACGUCAUCAGCUGUUGCCUCUGCCACGUCAGCAGCAGCAGCAGCGACGCCAAUGAUGCCGGCAAAAUAUAAUGCACAGGCGGUGCAAAUUUUGGAUUUUGAGGCAAAAGUAUUGUAUAAUCAAUCACUGCAUUCGACAAUUGCCAGAGAAGACGCCAUGACAACAUAUUAUCGAAUGAAAUCUAGAAAACUGGAGCUGGAAAUCAAAAAAUUGGAACGAGAACUCGGCGAGGAGCAAGAUGAGGCCCAAGAGCACGAAGAAUAACCAAUUUUUAAUCUAUUUUCCACAAAAGUUUAUCCCGAUUUCUCUUUUAUUGAUUUUCUGUACAAUUUUCUCAUCCGAAAUAAAUCAAUUUUUUUU